GGUGAUACUUUGAUUACAGCUUGCACUUAUGAUACCAGUGCAAGGAAUCAAGUCACAUUUGGUGGUAUCGGAAUCAAUAAUGAAAUGUGUGUCAACUAUGUGUUUUAUUAUCCUAAAAUUAAUUUGGAAUUAUGUAAAUCCGAUGUAUCAGUGGAAUCGCUAAAAAUAUUCUUGAAUACAUUAGAUGAAAGGUAA